AUGCUGUCCCUGGUCCUUACGGUGUUCUUUGUGCACCUCGCAAUUUACCUGGUCAACACGGUUGGCGCGAGCACCAUUGAUAACCUCGUAUGGCUCCUCUACUUAAGAUUACCGACACCAACCGCGCGGACUGCACGCAAGCAGCAGAAAUUGAAGCGUCAAGUCCUCGAGCAGAAGCGCGAAAUGAACAGCACAAGCUCGCAAGAUGAGUUCGCGAAGUGGGCAAAGGCCCGAAGACGCCAUGACAAAACCUUGGAAGAAUACGAGGCGCUGAACAAGGCCCUCACUUCUCACAAAUCCUCCUUCGACUGGGCUGUCAAGAUCGCCCGCUGGCUCAGCACGAACGGUCUCAAGAUCUUCCUACAGUUCUGGUACUCGAAAACGCCUGUCUUUCCGCUGCCCGAAGACUGGUUCCCAUACUAUGUACAAUGGAUUGUCUCCUUCCCUCGCGCACCGCUGGGGUCCGUCAGCAUCCAGGUUUGGAGCAAUGUCUGUGCGACUGCCAUUGCGGUCGCCGCAGAGGUUAUUGGGGCGAUGCUGGUGCAGGUGAUGGGCCAGAAGGAGCAGAAGAAGCAGGCUACGCCUGUUGGUGCUGGGAUGGGCAAGGCACAGUGA